AUGGAUAAAAUGGAUUGUGUUUUAGGGAGAGAUCUCUACUUCGAUAUCAUCAAUGUGCUUGGAAGCGAGAAGGAACUACUAGAAACUGGAUAUCUAAUUGAUUGUCUACAUAGGUCUACUAUAGAGAGACGCGUCAAUUUGGAUAUGUGUAGAGAUGUAUUUGUAAAACGUGUAGAUCAAUUUGUCAAGGAUUUUCAGGGCCCAAAGAUUGAUUCUUUGAUAGUAAAUUUCCAUUUAGAUUGCGAACAAAGCAACACUAUUGAUCAAUGGAUACAAUUUGCAAUAGUAAAGGGAGUUGAAAGAAUCGAUUUACUCUUUCUAGGGAGGCCUUAUGUGCAUCGCACAAGUCGAAAGAAACAUUAUAAAUUUGAGUUUGGAUUAUUUUCAGAGACUAAUGCUUCAACUGUUAAGCAUUUACGUCUUCAAUACUGUCUUGUUUGCCAUCCUAUCAACUAUGACUUUAUUCCAUUAAAAAAUUUGAGAUCUCUUUCACUUGAAAACACAAAGUUGGAUGAAAUGUUCAUUGAAAGUUUAUUAUCGAAUUGUCGACAGCUGGAAGAGCUUUGCUUAAUUUUCUGUGAGUUCAACUCAUCAAUGCCGAAGAUAGUAAGUUCAUCCUUAUGCCGUCUUAAGGUUCAAAUGUGCUAUUUCGUAUCCAACAUUUACCAGAUCAAUGUAAACUUGAUUUUAGUGGAUUGCCUUAAACUCACUUCACUAGAGUACAUUGGAAGAGGUUUGGAUACAUUGAACUUUAAUACUCCUACAUUGAAGAGCAUUGACUUCUUCACCUCAUUGAAAGAUCUUGAUGCAUUUGUUACUCUUUGUGCAACUUUUCCUGAACUUGAGAUUUUGAACGUGAACAUAUUUUUUAAGGUUACAACUUCUUUGACAAUAACUCAACCACUCAAACAUCUUAAGCAAUUGGACAUUGUGGUUUUGUGCGCGUUCAUCUUACCUAAUGCAGAGUGUGAUCUUUUGUGGAUUUUAAAUAUCCUUCAAGCUUCUCCCCUUUUACAGAAACUUUCGAUCAUGGUUGCAGAUCCAGAGUUCUCUAAAAAUCAAAAAGAUAUUAGGGAUGUUGAAAUAUUUUCUCAUGACGAGAUAAAAAUUAUUGAAUUGAGAGGUUGUGUUGGCAAUUGGUAUGAAAUUGAAUUUAUUAUGAAUGUUCUAAACUAUGCUCACAAGCUUGAACAAAUAGUUGUGAGUCCCUAUUGGAGAGAAAGUGACACAUUGGAUUGGAAAUCUAAUCCUGUAUGGUUUCAAAGUGGCAGGAAAAAGAUGAGUGAACUUCUUCUAGAUGAAAAAAUGAUAGGAAGAGAAAAACUUGUGCUCAUGUAA